AACAGAGACUGUUAUAUGAAAAUGGAGGGACGAAUAGAGAGGGGAACUGCAAGCAAGCAAGACUUAAUUAGUGAGAAUACGGGCAGCCUUGGUGUUUGCGGAUGGAUCCUUGUUGCUUUGUCUACGUUUUUUAUAGUGCUGCUUUUCCCAAUCAUGAUUUUUGUCAGCCUGAAGAUUGUACAGGAAUAUGAAAGGGCUGUAAUAUUCAGACUUGGCCGCAUCACUUCUAGAAAGCCAAAAGGACCAGGUAUCUUUUUCAUUGUUCCUUGCACUGACAGCUUUAUUAAGGUGGACAUGAGAACAGUUUCAUUCGACAUUCCUCCUCAAGAGAUUCUGACCAAAGACUCUGUGACAGUAAGUGUGGAUGGAGUAGUGUAUUUCCGGGUGAGUGAUCCCAUUGCCUCUGUGGCAAAUGUCAGCAAUGCUGAUUACUCCACACGCCUGCUUGCCCAGACUACCCUGAGGAACGUUUUGGGCACAAAGAACCUAGCUGAAGUUCUAUCAGACCGUGAGGGUAUCUCUCACAGCAUGCAGACGUCUUUGGAUGAGGCCACAGACUCAUGGGGCAUUAAGGUGGAGCGUGUGGAGAUAAAGGACGUGAAGCUGCCACAACAACUUCAGAGGGCCAUGGCUGCCGAGGCUGAGGCAGCCCGUGAGGCUAGAGCUAAGGUGAUUGCAGCAGAGGGAGAGAUGAAUGCUUCACGUGCUCUGAAAGAGGCUUCUCUGGUGAUCGCUGAAUCUCCAUCUGCUCUACAGCUGCGUUACCUACAGACUCUCAACACCAUCGCUACUGAGAAGAACUCCACCAUCAUCUUCCCACUCCCCAUAGACAUAAUGGGUCACUUCAUGAACAAGUGAAGUCUAAUACCAACAGCCCCCAAACAGUCGAUUACAAAUAUGGUUUACAUUUAAAUUAUUGAUUAAACAGUAAAUGAAAAACAAAUAACCCCCAGUAAACAGUUUCGUUAUUUUAUAGUUUAUAGCUAAAUUGUCAGCUUUUGAAUAUAAAGUCCCCUCUGAACAUAUAGAAAUGACAAGGCUAAUUCCAUUGUUCUAUGUGAAUUACAUUAAGAUAUAAAUAUCAGAAAAUGAAAGCAGAAGUUUUGUUCAAACAAAAUAAUUAUUUUUGUUGUUCCAAAAUGUUUGGAGGGGAGAGAUUACAACAUUACUGUGAAGAAACACUGGUUAUCUGUAAACCAGUAACAGAUUUACUGUAUAUUAUAAAGAAAUAUGAUAAAAU